GACAUGUUUCCCGCCGUACUAAAAAAAAUGUCACCUUAAAAGCUUCUUAAUCAGAGUUUAGCUGAAAGGUGACUAAGUGAUCAUCGGUAAUUUUACUAUAAUCGUCUGAUCUGACUUUAAUCAUAUGAUUAGCGAAAUGGUUCACCACAGUUGCCCUUCACUGGUCAGACGAUAAGCUGAAUUCCUAAGCCUGGGCUGAAGCCGGCGACGGUGAGAUACUUCAAAUUCCUAUCAACUACAUGAUCGUUCACUCCAAUCGCAUUACUGAUUACUAGAGACGGAAAGAAUUACGAUGAAUUUGCUGCAGUGGAAGCUACUUCCUCUAUUAACAUUGCUCGCUUCCAUUUUCUUAUUUUUCUACUUAAAGGAUCCAUCCGAUAAUGAAUGCAGCCUCCUUCCUCACAAGCACUUUUGGAUAACAAGCAAGCGCAUUGUUACGCCACAAGGAGUCAUUUCUGGUGCUGUUGAGAUAAAUGGAGGGAAGAUUGUAUCCAUUGUUAAGGAAGAAGAAAAGCAUGGGAAGAUUAUGGGUAAUCACGUGGUUGAUUACGCAGAUGCUGUUGUAAUGCCUGGCUUGGUUGACGUCCAUGUUCAUCUCGAUGAUCCUGGACGGUCUGAAUGGGAAGGGUUUCCAUCUGGAACAAAGGCUGCAGCUGCUGGUGGGGUAACUACUCUGGUUGAUAUGCCAUUAAAUAAUUUUCCCUCAACUACGUCUGAAGAAACUCUAAAACUCAAGAUUAAGGCUGCUGAAGGAAGAAUCUAUGUUGACGUUGGCUUUUGGGGAGGUCUUGUUCCUGAGAAUGCUUUCAAUGCAAGUGCUCUGGAAAAUCUCCUGAAAGCAGGGGCUCUCGGCCUAAAGUCAUUUAUGUGUCCUUCUGGGAUCAAUGACUUUCCUAUGACAAAUAUUACUCAUAUCAAGGAAGGACUGUCAGUUUUAGCAAAAUACAAAAGACCUUUGCUUGUGCAUUCAGAGAUUGAACAAAGUUCUCCAAGCCCUGUGCAACUUGAAGGUAGUCAAGAUGACCCUCGUACUUACUCAACAUAUCUUGCAACCAGACCACCUUCUUGGGAAGAGGCAGCUGUAAGAGAGCUCUUAAAGGUGACAAGUAAUACAAGGCCAGGUGGCCCGGCAGAAGGAGCUCAUAUUCACGUUGCUCAUUUGUCUGAUUCAGGUUCUACCUUAGAACUUAUUAAGGAAGCCAAAAGGAGUGGAGAUAGUGUGUCAGUUGAGACGUGCACCCACUAUCUAGCUUUCUCAGAAGAAGAUAUAAAAGAUGGAGAUACUCGUUUCAAGUGUGCUCCACCAAUUCGUGAUAAAGCCAACAAAGAAAAACUAUGGGAUGCUUUGAUGGAAGGACAUAUUGACAUGUUAAGUUCUGAUCAUUCGCCAACAGUGCCACAUCUAAAGCUACCUGAUUCUGGGGAUUUUUUAAAGGCUUGGGGAGGCGUAUCAUCUUUGCAGUUUGAUCUCUCUGCAACCUGGUCACAUGCAAAGAAACGUGGAGUAACAAUGGAGCAAAUUGCUUUGUGGUGGAGUGAGCGGCCUGCCAAGCUUGCUGGUCUAGAAUUAAAGGGUGCUAUUGCUAUUGGAAAGCAUGCAGAUAUUGUUGCGUGGGCACCAGAUGAAGAGUACGAUGUCAAUGACAUUCCCGUAUACUUGAAACAUCCCAGCAUUUCAGCCUAUAUGGGAAUGAAACUGUCUGGAAAAGUUUUGGCCACUUUUGUAAGAGGACAACUCGUAUACGAAGAGAAGCAUGCUCCUGCUGCUUGUGGAACUCCAAUCCUUGCAAGAGUAACAGAUUAGGACUCUGAUAUAUAUAUCCAUUAAUCUUCAUAUUAUUAUGACUUCCAUUAGUACCUUCCAUGCGCUUAUAAGAUAAAGAAUAAAAGGUCAUACUUUUUAAAAAUUGUUUGGUUACAUAAAGCAUGAAGGAUACUGAUGUUUGUGCUCGACUUCAUUUACAUAUUAAGAUCAGCUCUAGGAUGAUGUUGCGACUGCACUCUUUUUUUGGGAGACAGACAGGUUCCUUAAUCAAACUUAAUUAACCCAAUCAAUGGCACCCUAUUUCGUAA